UCUUCCCCGGCUUUGUUCCUUCGUCUGCUCACCUGGCCCUAGGUGCGUCCUGGCCGUGCAACCCGGAGCGGGUGCCAGCAGCCGCCGCCGCCGCCGCCGCCGCCAUGGUGUCCCCGGUCACUGUGGUGAAGAGUGAAGGACCCAAACUGGUACCCUUCUUUAAGGCCACCUGUGUGUACUUUGUGCUCUGGCUGCCCUCGUCCAGCCCAUCGUGGGUCAGUGCCCUUAUCAAGUGCCUGCCCAUCUUCUGCCUCUGGCUUUUCCUUCUGGCCCAUGGCUUCAGGUUCCUGCUGGCCCAUCCCAGUGCCUCCCUCAUCUUUGUGGGGCUCGUCUUCUCUGCUGUGGGUGAUGCCUUCCUCAUCUGGCAGGACCACGGCUACUUUGAGCAUGGUCUCCUGAUGUUUGCUGUGACACACAUACUGUAUGCCUCGGCCUUUGGCAUGCGGCCACUGGCUCUCCGGACAGGUCUGGUGAUUGGAGUGCUGUCAGGCCUGUGCUAUGCUCUACUCUACCCAGGGCUGUCAGGUGCCUUCACCUACUUGGUAGGGGUCUAUGUGGCCCUUAUCAGCUUCAUGGGCUGGAGAGCUAUGGCAGGGUUGCGGCUGGUUGGGGCAGCCUGGCGAUGGACGGAGCUGGCGGCCGGCAGUGGGGCACUGCUCUUCAUCAUCUCAGACCUGACCAUCGCUGUCAACAAGUUCUGCUUUCCUGUGCCCUACUCUCGGGAGCUCAUCAUGUCCACGUACUAUGCUGCUCAGAUGCUCAUUGCCCUGUCGGCUGUCGAGAGCCGAGAGCCGGUGGAAGACUAUAGACUGAGCAAGGCCAACUGAAGGGACUGGGGUCUGCUCCCCUUUCUCCUGGGGCUGGGGCCCAGACUUUGGGAGUGUGCAGGAGCUGGAUCACCAGGCACCUCCUGGGAAAGUGGCAGGCUUGAAGGGGUCAGCGGGAGGAGCUCCCAGGAACACUGAGAGCUCAAAGAGGCAGCCUCACAUCCCUCGCCUAAGUCAGAGUAGACCUGUCCGAGUCCCAGCAGGACUGUCAAAGCCCUCCUGGAAGACGAUGGUGCUUUUUGACGCCUUUUUUUUUUUGGCUAGCUGGAAGAGUGUGACUAUCUCUUAUGCCCAGGACCAAUGGCAAUGCCAGGCUCAUCUUUUCCCACCUUUUCUCUCCCAAGAUGACCCAGGACCAGGGCUUGAAGCUCCUUCCCCAGGCUCCCCGUUGGGAAGAUUGGUUGAAGGUAGUCUUGUUUUCCGUUGUCUAGCCUUGUUACUUCCACAAUCUCAGUCUUCAAGUGGUGAAUGUCCGUCUGUUUAUGAGAAGUAAUAGAGGGAACUUCCUUGGUUUGGAAGCUUCAGGGGGCCAAGGUUUCAGGUUGGUCCCAUUUCACAGGCCAGCCCAGAGCUCAGGCCUCAUACGGUCACCUUCAGACUAUCCCCAGGGCUAGGGUGAACCAUGCCAAAGGAAGGGGCUGGUCUCCAGCUACAUGUCUUUGUCUUGCUGUCUAUAAAAGACUUAAAGGGGUGAGCCUCAGAGAGCUCCUGGGGGGGGGUGCUUAACCUGGCUCAGAGCUGGGGGCCCUUCCCUGGCAAUGCUUUCUUCCUGCCCCGGGGAGUGAGUUCUGAACGACACUUUGGGGUCUUAAGACCUGAGGCACAGUCAAUGCAAGGGGAGUAAGGAUGGGGUCACUCCACCCUCUACUGCCCAUGUGAAAAAAAUAAAAUAGAAUAAAAACCCAA